AUGCUGCGGCCCUACCACUCAGAAGUGCCUAAAGACCCAAGGACGCUAUUGCAAACGCCUCGGACCUGCAUUAGCAAGCCCCUGAACAAAGGCAACUAUGUUCAUUUAGGUCUUGAACGUGGUCUGCUGGAUCAACUGCACAUUCUGCCCGAAACAAGCGUUCCUGAAAUGCGCAUCCAACUGCAUAUCGACGGAAUGAAGAUAUUCAAGGGUUCUAAUCGAGGCCUGUGGCCGAUUCUUGCCCGUGUUCGCCAUCCAGUUGUUGGUCAGCCCUUCAUUGUUGGAGUGUUCUCCGGUCCCGGCAAACCCGAUCCGUUGGAUGACUUCCUGGGCGACUGUGUUGGCGAGCUGAAAGACCUCCUGGCCAGUGGUCUGCGCAUUCCACAUACGCAAAAUAGCGUAAAGGUGAUCUUAGACAAUGUUAUCUGCGACACCCCUGCCCGAUGUUUUGUGCGGCAAGUUAAAGCUCACAAUGGCUGUUACGGGUGUGACAGGUAUGUUGUUUCGUACCUUUAACUAUAACCACCACAGGUGUUCCCAUAUGGGCAAACGUAUUGCAAACCGCAUGACGUUUCCAGUAUGCAGUGGGCGUCUGCGUGACGACAGGUCAUUCAGGCUGCGAAGACAGGAACCGCACCACAAGGGCAGGUCUCCGUUCGAGGAUUUGCCCGUCGAUAUGGUGACCUCCUUCCCACUCGACUAUAUGCACCUGGUUUGCCUGGGCGUCAUGCGGAAGUUACUGCAUAUUUGGCGUCUGGGCUCCAGCAGGCACUCUGACUCAUUGAAUGAGUCUAGUAAGAUGUGCAGCCAAAAUUUGCCGGUCGAGUUUUCGCGUAAAUGCAGAACACUCGAUUGUCUAGAGUUUUGGAAGGCUGCCGAAUACAGGCAAUUCCUACUGUACAUAGGCCCCGUCGUUUUUUCCUCCGCCUUAAGCGAAGCCCGUUACCAACACUUUUUACAGUUUUCCCUCGCAGUGCACAUAUAUUGCCAUCCCAUAUUGCAUAUAUCUUGCGGAGAAUACGGCCGACUUCUGUUAAAUCGCUUUGUUGUUAAUUUCCCCACCUUGUAUAGUCCCUCCGAUAUUAUUUACAAUGUCCAUUGUCUGCUUCACCUGUAUGACGAUGUGUCUCGGUUUGGAGUGUUGGAUAAUUUCUCGGCAUUUCCUUUCGAGUCCUUUUUGCAGAGUGUCCGCAGCAGUAUAAAAGGGCCUACUAACGUAGCCGCGCAGGUUUUCAAGCGCUUUUCUGAAAGACGCUUGCCUGAGUUACCAACAUGCCCAAUGCUGUUCGACGACGACGAGGGAGUAGCACGGGCAUUUAAACUGCCUCGCGGAUCCACCGCAAUUUUCCAUAGAGACUUUGUUUUGUCAAAUAAACAGCCCGAUAAUGUGGUACUUAUCGGAAAUAGACCGUGCCUGCUGACAUCAGUGUCGGAUACCGGCAUAACUCACCGCCCGUUCCUUGACUGUGAGGACCUUUUUACAACAUCCCUUCCCUCAUCCUCCUUGUAUAUGUUUAAAGCCUCCCGUUUGUCAGGCGUUCCUUCAACUGCUGCCCUCUCAGACAUCAUUUGUAAAUAUGUUCCCUUUGAUAUUGACGGUCGUUUUUUUCUAAUUCCGUUACCGCACACUGUGCGUGCGCGGUGACUCUUGUUUACAUUGUUCAUUUGAUAUAAAUUUCCCUGUAGAUGUAUUCGGUUGUCGAAUUCAUAAAUGAUAAGACUGUGGCCGUGGUGGCUGCAGCCUGGUUUUACGACGUGGGCAGCGUUAUGUGGCCUAAGAACCACAAAGAGCGGGCCGUCCUGCUGAAUAAUAACAAGCGGCCACCAGACGGCACCAAGGUGUACGCUGUUCGGCUACUAAAAAGUAACCUGACACUGGUGAAGGCCAGACAGCUGGUCCGGAAAGCAGAGCUGUCGGACAAUCUUUCUAGUUCUGAGCCGGGCGAAUUAGGCAGAGGGAUAAAGAGAAAGUACAUGUCCCAUACUGUUAAUAUUUCUUUGCAGGUAUGUCCGCAGGCAGACGUCGGAUUCAGACGAUGAUGACGAACCACUUUAUCGUCCGAGACAGCUACUUGGUUGGCCAACACCACCACGAAUAUUACAGUAAGCAUAAUUAUCGUUAAUUAUUCGUACGCCAAGAAUGGACGAACAGAUGCCCCACCUCUUCUCUCAGUCGAGUCACCCUACGCCAUCGACUUCAUAUCGGUAG